GCACUUCAGCCUAUUUGCAGUACAAGAACAAAUGAACAGAGAGCGGUCGCUCAAGUCGCCGAUCUUAACCAUCUUAUGUUAAUCAAUGAUUCUGUUAAUGCAUUUUAAGUUUCAUUGCAUGUAGUCUUCGGAGACUAUAGUUAUUUCAUUUUCUUAAUUUUGUAAUACUCCAACGUAAUCAUGGAACGCCCUCAGAAAAUGCCCAAAGUGGCGAAGGUGAAGAACAAAGCACCAGCUGAAAUUCAGAUUACUGCGGAGCAGCUUCUGCGAGAAGCCAAGGAACGAGAUCUUGAAAUCACCCCUCCUCCUCCGAAGCAAAAGAUCUCUGAUCCAGAGGAACUUGCAGAUUAUCAGCACAGAAAGCGUCGUGCUUGUGAAGAUGGAAUUCGAAAGAACAGAAGUGUUAUAUCAAACUGGAUCAAGUAUGCCCAGUGGGAAGAGAGCCAGAAAGAAAUUCCAAGAGCUCGCUCUAUUUAUGAAAGAGCAUUGGAUGUUGACCACAGGAAUAUUACUCUUUGGCUCAAAUACACAGAGCUGGAAAUGCGAAAUCGUCAAGUCAACCAUGCUCGCAAUUUAUGGGAUCGUGCUGUCACAAUAUUACCUAGAGCCAACCAGUUUUGGUACAAGUACACCUAUAUGGAAGAAAUGCUUGGAAAUAUUGCUGGUGCUCGCCAAGUAUUUGAUAGGUGGAUGGAGUGGGAGCCUGAUGAACAAGCAUGGUUGACAUACAUCAAAUUUGAGUUGAGAUAUAAAGAAAUUGACAGAGCGCGAAAAAUAUAUGAACGUUUUGUUUAUGUUCAUCCUGAUGUCAAAAAUUGGAUAAAAUAUGCAAGAUUUGAAGAAAAUCAUGGUUUCAUCAGUGGUGCGAGAAAAGUUUAUGAGAGAGCAGUCGAGUUUUUUGGUGAAGAAACUCUUGAUGAAAAGCUAUUUAUUGCUUUUGCUAAAUUUGAAGAAGGCCAGAGGGAACAUGAUAGAGCCAGGGUAAUUUACCAGUACGCUUUAGAUAAUAUCCCUAAAGAGUAUGCUCAGGAAUUGUAUAAAAAUUACACUAUUCAUGAGAAAAAGUAUGGAGAUAGAACUGGAAUUGAAGAUGUUAUUGUCAGCAAAAGAAAGUUUCAAUAUGAAGAGGAAGUCAAAGCAAAUCCUAAUAAUUAUGAUGCAUGGUUUGAUUACCUUAGACUUGUUGAGUCUGAAGGAAACCCUGAACAAAUUAGAGAAACUUAUGAGCGAGCUAUUGCUAAUGUACCACCUACCAAGGAAAAGCAGUUUUGGAGAAGAUAUGUUUACCUUUGGAUUAAUUAUGCCUUGUGGGAGGAGUUAACAGCUGAGGAUGAAGAAAGAACCAGACAAGUGUAUCGUGCUUGUAUUCAACUUAUUCCCCACCGUAUUUUCACUUUUACCAAAGUUUGGCUGUUGUAUGCACAUUUUGAAAUAAGAUUCAAAAAUCUUACAGCUGCUAGAAAAACUCUUGGAAUGGCCUUAGGUAUGUGUCCAAAGGAUAAACUAUUUCGUGGUUACAUAGAUCUUGAAAUUCAACUUCGAGAGUUUGAUAGAUGUCGUACUCUUUAUGAAAAGUUUUUGGAGUUUGGAUCUGAGAAUUGCAUCACUUGGAUGCGGUUUGCAGAGCUGGAAAUGCUCCUUGGAGAUGCUGAUCGAGCUAGAGCUAUAUAUGAACUAGCUGUAUCUCAACCUCGACUUGACAUGCCUGAACUUCUGUGGAAGGCAUUUAUAGACUUUGAAUCUGGCCUUGGUGAAUUUGAAAGAGCAAGACUUUUGUAUGAGCGUCUUCUGGAGAGAACUCUGCAUGUUAAGGUAUGGAUGAGUUAUGCACAGUUUGAGAUGUCAUGUGCUGAAGCAGGUGAAGAUGAGGAGUUAUCAGAGGAGGAGGCUGCAGAGAGGACUUCUCAGGCUGUAGCACUUGCCAGAAGGGUGUAUGAGAGGGCUAACACUUCUCUGAGGGCUACUAAAGACAAAGAAGAACGUGUGCUGCUACUUGAAGCAUGGCGCAAUUUUGAGGAAACACAUGGGGAUGACAUAUCACUGGAAAAAGUCAAACAAAAGAUGCCUCGUCGAAUUAAGAGAAGGCAGCGUGUCCAAGCUGAGGAUGGGACUGAAGAAGGUUGGGAAGAAUUCUUUGACUAUAUCUUCCCUGAAGAUGAAUCUGCCAAACCCAAUCUCAAACUUCUUGCCAAUGCAAAGAUGUGGAAGAAGAAAAUGCAGGAGAUUUCUAGUGAUGACUCUCCUAAAGAAGAUGAUGAAGGGGAAGCAGGAGAAGGAGGAGAAGGAAAGGAUGAUGGUGAGAGGGAUGAUACUGGUAAGGGAGACAGUGACACUAGUGUCAGUAGUAGUAGUAGUGAUGAAGAUAGUGAGGAUGAAAAGAAAUAGUUAUAAACUUUAAUAAGAAAAAUAGUUAGGAAAGAACAAGUUUUUCUUAAGAAACUGUAUGCCAAAUUGAUGAAGAUGAUGUCUAUUCUUUAUCAGUCAUUCAGUUUGUACAUAUGUAAAUGAAAACUCGAGUUUAAGUGAUCUCUUCUAAAUAAAAUGACCUACACGUUUUA